UUAUUCUAGUUAAAAUAAUUGGCGGCACGGGCUCACAUGGCCGCGAUUACCUCAAAAGUGUGUAAAUCUUCAGGCAACGCUUGAACGAUUCUUAGGAGGGGAUUCAAUGGAUGAGAUCACGAAAGCGGAUGCCUUCGCUCUUGCAGAGCUCUUCGACGCAUCAUUUCCGCUCAAGGAAUGGCUCCUUGGCGCGGAGAGAAACCUAUGGUUAUUGGCAGCCAAGUUAGCUGGCAGCGAGCUUCUAGGCGAUGGCAUCCGCGCUGAGAGCGUCAGUCGAAACAGCGAAGAGACUUGUGGAGAAGUUCGGUCCGAAACUUCAAGGCGAUGGCAGUGCGUGCUAUCCUGGCUGGAGGCGACGGCGGAGGAGAAUGUGGAGUACUUUGAGCAUUCAACUCACCGCAGCGCUGUGAACAUCGAUAGUGACUGCGUUGAGGGCGUCGUGUCUCGGGCCUUGGCAUUGACACCAGAUACCUGUCUUACUGCAGCGAGCGUGCAGGUGCGCGCAGAGGCCGAGGACGAGCGUGCGCGUGUCAGAACUUCAGAGUACCAGAGGGUUUGUGGCGCGCAGUGGUGCUACGUGGUGGAGACCCCUGGGACAGUGGAAAGUCUUGCACAUCUCCACAGCUUGGCAAUCGACAAGUACAACUUUGGCGUCACUGCUGCAGGCAACGGUGUCGAAAGGCUCUCGAAAUCGGUCUGGUAUGCGGUACUAGCCCAAGGGCGUUGCGAUAUGGAAGCGCAUGCACUUGCAGACACUCUGCAGGCAUCGGUGGUUGCAACUGCAGAGGCUUGCUUGUAUGAAGCCGCAAUUCAUGCUAUAUUCGGCGGUGAUGUGGCCGCCUUUGCACGCGCACGACCUCAGGCAUCUUGGGAAGAUAAUGGACCAGAGGAAUCAGCACUUGCGGAACUAAAUGCGCUGCCUGGGACGACGCUUCAGACGCUUUCUGCGAGAUUGGCAGCGCAUGGCGCAGCGAGUAUUCCAGAGUUCCUCUUACAUCCAACCGAAGAUGAUGGGUCCGCAGAGUUUGCAUUGAUCUGCCGUGUCAAGGCUACUCUAGCAUGUAUCUGGCGACGUGUAGCUGGAACAGGAAGAAGUAUACUAGGACAUGACGCGUUGUGCGACCAGUGGCUAGCUAGGUAUGCUGUGCAGCUAUCAACAAGCCCAGCAACGAUCCAACUUGCGGCCUUUUACAGCGCGCCUUUGCAUAGUGCGCGUCUCCAGCACGUGGCUGAAUGUUUUUCAGGUGCAAAUAAUGCUUGUGAAAUAGACUCCUGCCUUGAGGCGGCUAAAGAAGCCCUGGGAGCAGAAGCGGUGCCUGAACUUGCAUGCCGUGUCUGCGAUCAACUAUUUCGGAAGAAUGGUGCGCUGGCGCUAUCCGUCUCUUUGACAUCAGGGGAUAGGGCUCGCAAUUUUGUUGCGCUCGGGUGGCUCGCGGCUAUGCCUCUUGAGCUCGUUCGCCACGCGAACUCAAUCUUAACUGACCUUGGCCUUUCUGCUAUUAUGCAUUGCGAUGAUGUUUUCUGGAUUGACGUAGAUGCUGCUCUUGCCUAUAUUCCGAACACUGCACUUGAUACUAUUUUUGAUGUGGCUUACGCUCAUGGCCCCCAUGAUGUGCUCGCUACUGCACUCCUUAAAGUUCACGUUGGCUGGCGCACUAUCCGACUUGCCAUACGAUGCAUCAAUACCUGGCGCGAUGUACCGCUCAAAGCCUUGGCCCAAGCUACUCCAAUUGACGGUGAGCGCGUUGCUAAAACCUCUCAUCAAUGUUCCACUACCACAUAUGACACCCUCAUUGCUACUUUCAGCUUCCCUACACGGUCUCCUCUAAAAGCAUCUUAUUCGCCCAUGCACUUUCAAGCAGACUCUCUCCGUGCGAAUGAUACAAAGGACGCCAAAAUUGAUCUGCUAUGGCGCAUUGAUGUACUCCUCAAGACCCUCGUUGGCCCUCUCGUUGGUGGCUUCCUUCCAAAGCUAGGCUGGCUCGAUCUUGGUGCGCUACAGGAAGCAGCAUCAAUUGGAAAAACCAAAAUAGAUCAUUCGUUCAGAGUGGCCGGUACUGUACUCAUUCACGCAACUGAUGUUGCCCGCGUUACUGCAGAUGCUUUUUCACAGCGUGAUCAAUCCAAUUUCGCCUGGCACUGGUACCUGACAUUCUUGCUGAUCCUGAGCCCAACGGCACAGCUCGCCUUGCUCUUGUCUGCGAUCCAGAGUAGCUUGUGCCUAGUCAUUGGUCUUUCCGUACGCACUAUUGACAUCCAGCGGAUCCUUUUUAGAAUUAAGACUACUGCUAUCGAGCUCCUGCGCAAGGUGAACACACACAAGCAAUUGAACAAGGCUGAAAUCAACAACGCCGAUUGGCACACUCUGAUAAAGCUUGCUCUUUGAUGAUCAAAAGCCCCUCCUGGUGCAAAUGGCACUUGCGAAUGGCACUUAGCUGCAUAGCUUAGCUUAGCAUAUUUGCGGUGCCAAAUUGACGGUGCCAGGCAGCUCCACGCGUCGCCGGCGUCCAGUCCGACCAGGCCGGGCCUACAGGUGGCAAGGGCAGCGAAGGAUCCACACGUGGGUCGCUUCAGCCGCAUACCUAAGGCAU